AACCCAAAAAACUGAGCAAUAUAGGCACACAAACAUUGCCUGUAUUAGUUCUACAAUAUCUUUCAUUCUAAACAUCUGCAUUUCAUAUGUCCAAUUCACUCAAUUAGUCUUCAUGAUACUAAAAAUAAAUGUCUGUCAUGAGUGCAACAAAACACUGUCUUCCAGGAGCCACUAAGGGCCAGUUUUUUUGUGAAAAAAUCAAACCUACACCCUUGGUCUCAUGUGUAUCCUUCUAUACAGUGUCAUAUUUUUGGAGGGGGGGGGGGGCACUUUCUCUUGUCACCUCGAUAUUUCUAAAAUCCUGGUACCGUCUCUGUAACCUGCACGAGCGCGUGUGUUGCCUCUGAGGUGCGCAGACCCUCUCCUGCACUAUUUAACCUUUCUGAGUGAUGGACGAUUAACUCCUCUGCUUCCUCCAGAGCGCAUUUGUCCCUCCGUGACUCCAAUCCGUACGGUCCUCCGGCGCUGCGCUGGUGACUGUGCACAGUUGCUUUUCUCACACUCACGCACGCAGUAUAUGCUUCCUCGUGCAGAGCGGUGAACAUUAUCAGCAGACAUAAGCACGGUCUCCGGACGCAGGCUGACACACGGCGGACUGACAGCUCGGACCGGGAAACACUGACACUGAGCUGUUCCACCAGGAUGCCAACAGAGACGGAAAAACAGAACAAUUUCUAUAUUUGAAUCGCUCCUCUUCUCAGGAAUAACCCUGCAGCUUUUACAUGAAGCUUAUCACGCCACAUUGUUAAAUCCUGCUCAUCACCUGUUCUCCUCCACCUCCCUCAUCCUGUCAUCACUGCUGCACACUUUCAUUUUUCUGGAAGAAGUUCGGCGGCAGCCUUAGGGCUCGAGCUGUCACAUCAAUCCCCUGCCUCCCCCCUGCCAUGACCAACGACAGCAGUGUCCUCAGUGUCUGGGAGGCCUCAGACUGGGCAGACACAUCUCAGUGCCCGCCCUCGGUAGGCGGGGCCACUUUUCUGAUUGUGGCAUACAGCGCUGUCAUAGCGAUUGGGUUGCUGGGCAAUGCAGGCCUGGUAUUCAUUAUCGCCAGGCAACAGGAGUUGCGCAACGUCACCAACAUCCUGAUCGCUAACCUGUCUUGCUCGGACAUCCUCAUGUGUGUUGUGUGUCUACCAGUUACUGUUAUCUACACGCUGAUGGACCGCUGGGUGCUGGGAGAGGCCCUCUGUAAGGUGACUCCCUUUGUUCAGUGCAUGUCAGUGACCGUGUCUAUCUUCUCCUUGGUGCUCAUCGCUCUGGAGCGUCACCAGCUGAUCCUCCAUCCCACCGGCUGGUCCCCUGCCGCCGGCCACUCCUAUCUGGCCGUAGGGCUCACAUGGCUGGUCGCCUGCUUCAUCUCCCUGCCCUUCCUCUCCUUCAACAUCCUCACCAAUGACCCCUUCCAGAACAUCAGCCUGCCUGCCAACCCGUUCAGGGACCAUUUGAUCUGUAUGGAGCUGUGGCCGUCAGACAAACAUCGCCUCGCCUACACAACCUCGUUGCUGAUCUUCCAGUACUGCCUGCCACUCCUGUUGGUGCUGCUCUGCUAUCUGAGGAUCUUCCUCCGGCUGAGACGACGCAGGGACAUGCUGGAGCGCAGCAGGUGGACCCGUGGAGCCCAGAGGAUUAACGUCAUGCUGUUAGCCAUCGUUGUCGCCUUUGCUCUGUGCUGGCUCCCGUUGAAUGUCUUCAACACUUUGUUUGACUGGCAUCACCAGGCCCUUCCUGACUGCCAGCAUGACACAGUCUUCUCUGCCUGUCACCUAACAGCCAUGGCCUCCACCUGCAUUAACCCUGUGGUGUAUGGGUUCCUCAACAGCAACUUCCAGAGGGAGCUGAAGACGACACUGCAGCGCUGCCAGUGUGGCACCCGGGCGGGAGAGAGUUACGAAAGCUUUCCACUUUCCACUGUGGGCAGCGAGGGCCUGACAAAAGCCACGUCCCUUAACAGGAUGGGAUCAGUAUGCGUUCCCUCACCCAGACCUGAGGUCAGCUCGGCAAUACUAUCUAAAACAUUACCAACUAACACCUAAUGAGUUCUACCAAACUCUCCCAACUCAUCAGUAGGCGAGUGCUGGAAACUGUCUGUUGCAGAAAGAUCACAAAUAGCUGAAAAAGUCUAAUUCUGCUUCAGCUUAACAUCAACUCCAUAACUUUCCAGCCAGCGUUCAACAGCUUCUCUCAUUUGGACUGACUGUUCAAGGACAGGAACAGAUGGAGAAGUUUGCCGACAUAGCUUUGAGUCCAGAAUGCAAUAAAGUAUUGGAAAUGGAUCCCACUGCAAGGAUGUAAAAGAGCUGGUGGAACACUUUCACUAAAUCCAAUCACUUUCAGGAGUCGUCACUAAGGCUGCCAAUUUCUUACACAAGAAAAUGUUGAGAUUCUAGCAUGGCAGCAACAUUCCAAUGACAAUCCAAAUUUCUGAACUAUUUCUCGGGCUGGAUGGUGGUGUGGUGUGUGGUCAGCACCGCGGCCUGACAGCAAGGAGGUCACAGGUUUGAGCCUCGGCUGGAGGGAGGUUCGAACAGUGGUCUUUCUCUGUGGAGUUUGCA